GUCGCCCUGAUGACGCACAAACGAACAUGGCGGCGCUUGGAACAGCAAGGUGCUUAUUUUGGAGCUGCUCUCGGGCGAGAAAUGUUCAGAGGAGCAAGCAAAUUUUGGUCAGAUGUGGCGUCGAGACAUUUUGUAGUGGAUCACAAGAUAACGCCCCAUCAGCCAAUGCGAAGCCCCGUUUCACAGAUCCAGCUGUGCAGGACAUCCUCACCAGCAUAACAGGGCUGGACUUGCAGAAAGUGUACAGACCUAUUAAACAGGAGCUGAAACCCGCCAAGUAUAAACUCAUGACUGAAGAACAGCUGGAGCAGGCUGUCCAGAUAGCUUCAGAGCACGCUAAGAAGCUGCUGCAGAUGCCCCCUGUCCUGCCGGAGAGGAAACCAAUCAAUGAUGUGUUGUCUGAGGAUAAAAUCUUGGAUGGCAUGGACACAGCCAAAUACGUCUUCACAGACAUCACCUACGACAUCCCACACAGGGAGAGAUUUAUUGUUGUACGGGAGCCCAGUGGGACCCUUAGAAAAGCAACCUGGGAGGAGAGAGAUAGGCUCAUUCAGGUCUACUUCCCCAAGGAAGGACGCAAAAUCAAACCGCCUCUCCUAUUCAAGGAGGAGAACCUGAAGACGCUGUUUUCUCAGGACCGGUAUGAGGAUAUGCUGGAACUGUGUCUGGUCCAAUUUCAACCGGAUUCUUCAGAAUACAUCAGGAUACAUGCAAGAACCUAUGAAGAUGUGGACAAACACGGUAAAUAUGAGCUGCUGCGCUUCACCAGACACUUUGGGGGCAUGGCCUGGUACCUGGUCAAUGCUCGCAGGAUAGACGGCCUCAUAGUGGACAUGCUGAAGAGAGAACUGCUCCAGGAUGCUGUGAACCUAGUGUCUCUGUUCCACAUGGUUCACCCCGACAGUGAGUCAGCCCAGGAAGCUGCCAGCCAGCAGGCUACUGGCACCGACCUGCUUAAGAUCUAUGCCCAGAAGGAGUCCCAGAGGUCAGGCUACAUUGAGCUGGCCCUGCAGGCGUAUGAAGAAAAGUCUGCAAAAAGCUCGGCUGCUUAAUCGGCCCACUCUGAUAUAGAUAUAUACAGUUACAUGCACACAAAAAAAGAGCAGUGACAACAAACAGGACAGACUGAAAAUUGUCUUUGUGUAUCACAUGUGGAACUCGAGGUCAGACCCAAUGUGUCAAAAGUCAAAUGAUGUAAAUAAAAAUCUAAAUACUUGUAUGUUGUAGUAAAAUACAGAGGCCUGGAUAAUA